CGAGUGAACAAGAGUGUGUGUCUGUGACGUCAGCUGCGUGGUGUUUUGGAGGCUGGAGGAAGAUGGCCGGGUCCAAGGUGAAGCAGGACAUGCCUCCUUCGGGAGGAUAUGCCGCGUUUGAUUACAAGAGAAAUCUGCCGAAACGAGGGCUUUCGGGAUACAGCAUGUUCGGCAUUGGCAUUGGCGUCCUGGUGUUUGGCUACUGGAGGCUAUUUAGGUGGAACAGAGAGAGGAGACGCCUGCAGAUCGAGGAGAUGGAAGCCAGGAUAGCCAUGAUGCCCCUGCUGCAGGCAGAGCAAGAUCGAAGGACCUUACGAAUGCUGAGGGAAAAUUUAGAAGAGGAGGCGGUUCUCAUGAAGGACGUUCCCGGCUGGAAGGUUGGUGAGAGCGUCUUCAACACAGACCGCUGGGUCGCCCCUCUGACAGAGGAGCUGUUCAACCUCCGGCCCCGUGAGGAGCUUUUGCACAAGCGCUUUGGCUUCUUGUGGUACGUGUAGUCACCACCAAGACAAAGUGUACCGAGCUGCACCUCCUUCCUCAACCAGUAUCAAGUGGACCUGAGUGCUCACGCAAUUCUGCUUGUAAAUGUUCAAUAUUAAAAUUAUUUUGUUUCCUG